AGACGAUCACACAUGAAAGGCGACGGUCCAGCCAGUCACAAUUUGAUUGACCCCAGAAAAUCAGUUGCGGAUCGGACACUCUCUCCACAGAAUCAACGUGAAAGGAAGUUUUCAUUUGGGAGUCAAGUGAUCAUGGGCACGUGUGGGAUAAAUGCGCAUGGAGAUCGUGGUAUUAUCGUGGGAAAGUUCAAAUAUCGACCAUCCUUGAUUUAUCCAGGCAAUGCAAUUUAUGGAAAUGAUUUUAUAUUUGGGGAUAAAUUG